GGGGUGUGGACAGCGGAACGGAGUCGCUCCCUACGAGAUCGCAGUCGACGUGUUGAGUAGUGUGUUGUUACAAAAAUGUGGACCGUAGUGCCUACUCCCUCCUCGUACUACGAACGAGAUGAAACUUAUCAUCCUGGACCACUACUCGCAGGCCAGCGAGUGGGCUGCCAAGUACAUCAGGAACCGCAUUAUCCAGUUUAACCCGGGGCCAGACAAGUACUUCACCCUGGGGCUCCCCACCGGGAGCACCCCACUUGGCUCCUAUAAGAAGCUGAUUGAGUACUACAAGAAUGGGGACCUGUCCUUUAAGUAUGUGAAGACCUUCAACAUGGAUGAGUACGUGGGCCUUCCUCGAGACCACCCAGAGAGUUACCACUCCUUCAUGUGGAACAACUUCUUCAAACACAUUGACAUCCACCCAGAAAACACCCACAUUCUGGAUGGCAAUGCAGCUGACCUGCAGGCGGAGUGCGACGCCUUUGAGGAGAAGAUCAAGGCUGCCGGUGGGAUCGAGCUGUUUGUUGGAGGCAUCGGCCCUGAUGGACACAUUGCCUUCAAUGAGCCAGGCUCCAGUCUGGUGUCCAGGACCCGUGUGAAAACCCUGGCCAUGGACACCAUCCUGGCCAAUGCUAGGUUCUUCAACAGUGAUCUUGCCAAGGUUCCCACCAUGGCCCUCACGGUGGGUGUGGGCACUGUCAUGGAUGCUAGAGAGGUGAUGAUCCUCAUCACAGGUGCUCAUAAGGCAUUUGCUCUGUACAAGGCCAUCGAGGAGGGCGUGAACCACAUGUGGACGGUGUCUGCCUUCCAGCAGCAUCCGCGUACUGUGUUUGUGUGUGAUGAGGACGCCACCCUGGAGCUGAAAGUGAAGACUGUCAAGUAUUUCAAAGGUUUGAUGCUUGUCCACAACAAGUUGGUGGACCCCCUAUACAGUAUGAAAGAAACUGAGAAAUGCCAGUCUUCUAAGAAGCCAUACAGUGAUUAGAGUCUGUGCUGGGACUUAGUAUCAGGUACCUCACAGAAGUAGGUGGGUCUUUCUGGAAAUUGUCUUCAGCAGACAAGAAUUGUCUUUCUUUAAUCCAGCAUGGUUACUGCAGAUAAGUGGGUGCUCCCAGCUGUGAGGCAGGAAGCCUAGUCAUGCAGUUCAGCUAUAGGGAGAAUGAUUCAUAACUUAAUAAAAAAAAAUCCCUGAAAAGUAUACCCCAUUAUUUUGAUGUCUGCCACACCCAAGUUAGGGCUCCUAGCUUUUGUCUGCCUCAGCCACUGUUCACAUGUAUGACACACUUCCAUCAGGAAUUCCCACCCUUAGGUGCACUUAUCCUCAAGUGGGUGCGAAGAAGGGCUUGUGUAUUUUAGAUACAGCAUCCUGGAGUCCAGAGUUCCACUGGAGCAGGCCUCCCCUUUAUCUUAGAAUCCCUGUUCCAGAGUACGGGACAGACUCUCUCACUACCUAAGUUACAUAGGAGGAACAAGGAAGCAGCGCCUCUGCUCAGUAACAGGCACUGUGGAAAGAAAACUCCCUGGGAAGGUAAUAAGGGAGUUUUUUCUGCUCUCAUAGCUGGCCCUUCCGUGAACUGCCAGAGCUCCCGGAGGGAAGGUUUGGUGAGUGGGGCUAAAGAGGUGAUUUUUGCUUCAGGGACCCUGCCACAACAAGCGUCUCCCCCUCCGGGACCUGUGAGGAAAAGGGUGGGCACCUUUUUCCUGCUGGAGCCCUGUGUUUUUGUCAGAGGCAUCUUAUGUGCUCAUCAGAAAGGAAGAGGCCGGUACACUGGGGCAUUAGACCUUUGCACAGUGUACGGUGACGUGCUGACCAGCAGCUCGGACUGGAUUUAGUCAUGGCAUACAUUAUAGUGCUUUUGAUUUCCUGCCUCCCUAAAGUUGAACGCCAAGACCACACACCAGAUGCUUCUGGUACUGUUUAUCUACUUAAAACACCCCACUCCCACAACGCACUCAGGCUUGUGUGGUGUGUACCACUGUUCUCAGGACGUUGGAGGAAACAGCCCUUUGGUUUAUCCUGUACCUCCCUUCCCAGGAUGGGCUGUUGUUCCGCCUUUCCUUACGCCCGUAAGGCCUUGUGGAGUGACUGCUGCCUCCAAUUCCUCCAUUUCUGUGCCUGUUGGAAGCUAUUACUGCCUAUUUCUGGGAAAGAUUUUUCAGAGGCCUCUCUAAGAGCUGUUUUGCUACCAGCAUUUCAUCUUUAGCUUUUACACGUGAUUGUACUGUCAUUCUGUGUUAAACUAAUGGAUCAAUGCACUUGUUUACAAUAUGAUAUUUUCUAUUAAAUCC